CAUUUCAGGAGUGAACUGAGUGUCCCACGCAUUUUAUUUGCUGGAGGUAUGGCAGGUAUAUUCAAUUGGAUGAUAGCCAUGCCUCCCGAUGUGCUUAAGUCCAGGUUUCAAACAGCUCCAGAGGGCAUGUACAAGGGUGUAGGAGAUGUAUUAAAGCACUUGAUGAAGAAUGAAGGCCCAUUAGCUCUAUACAAAGGUGCAGCCCCAGUGUUUCUCAGGGCAUUCCCAGCUAAUGCUGCCUGUUUCUUUGGCUAUGAAGCAUGUCUGAAGUUCCUUAAUUGGAUAGCACCAGGUGCAUGAAAACUCUUAGGUCAUUAAGUCCUAGGAAAUUGAAAAGUUUAAAGUAGUGUAGUUUAGUAUCAACAGACAAAAGACAAUAUUAGCCAAAGUUUUUUUUCUACUUUUAUCUUACAGAAAUUGAACUUAUUGCUCAGUUGUUAAGUCCAACAAUUUUGCCGUUACUGUUAUUUUAGUGCACUUUCUAGCAAUGCAUUUCUUCAAGGUUUGUAGGUGCUGGUAGGUCAGAACAGUAUUCAAAAUAUGCACAUUAACAAAUCAAUGAGAUAACAUGAAGACAAUAAUAAUUAUAAUUUGUUCGUUUUAUUUCACUUCACUUGGGUGCAAAACUAUGCCAUAUAGAAUGAAUAUCACAACCAUGUAUAAAUGAUUCAGAAUUGAUCUAAGAGAUAAUUAAUAUCUGUUUUACUAUUAUGCAUUAAAUGAAGGGAGGAAAAUUCAGUUUUACAAACUGACUAUAUGUUAUAUUGCUUACAAGUAAUUUGAAAGAUACCUUUAAAAAUUGUAAUUAAGGUUGAAUGUUAUUCAAGUUUUGUUUUUACGUUGUCUGUUAUGAUUUUUUUCUGGAAACAUAAAGCGCUACAGUGACUGCAUCAAAUGACCACAUUAAUUUUAAAGGUGUUAUGAAACUAUGCAUUUUCACUAAAUCAGUUGGUUGACAGAUAGAGAUUCACUUUGAGGGGAGCAGGGAGACGGGAUGGGGGAUAUAUCAAGUUAAAAAAAAUGUGUGCAAUUUAUUAGCUAAACUACAUUAGAAAAGUAGAUUUGCACAAUUAAAAGCAAAAUGAUUAUGAGAAAAAAAGAUUUCAUUACCUUAUGUUGUGCUCAGGGUUCUGAGAGUUGUGUAUGUCAGUAUUUUUUCCACUAUGGCCUGUUUCUCAAAAAAAAAAAAAAAA